AGAAUAAUUAACUGUUAAGAACUAAAUAAUGUAUCGUACGUAAAUAAAGAUCCCGUUACCGAUUACACUAGAUGGAAAAAAUGAAAACUUCAAGGAUAUUGAAAUAACAAGUAAAAGCACGUACGAUAUCUGGUGGAGAAUACGUUCUAAAGUUUAAUUCCUUUACAAUAACAUUUUCCACAACAAAAAUCGUCAGAAAUGUUUCAAGAUGUCUCACUACAAUUUACGUUCUCGCCUAUCAGCCACUCUACCGCCACAGUUGACGCCGCCAACAUCCCCACCUGACGAUUCGACAGUUCCGGAGCAACCAUUUCAACCAUCAACUACCAUAUCAAAACAAGACACUCCAAAAUCAUCAAGUGAGUCAAAACCUUAUUUACAAACUCCCGAAGAUUUUGUUGCAAGUGAAAAACGUCGUAAAAAACAAUUACGUUCAGAUUUUCAUAAACAAUUAAAUUCUAUCAAAACAAUCAGAAGAGUAACAAUACAUGACAGCCCAUUUCAAAGUCACCCAUUACAAUCCGAUGCAUCAGACACCGAAGAAACCCAAGAAACAACACUCCAGCCAUUAACGCAGGACCCGCCGAAGGAAUCGCUGCUCGAGCCAUUAUCCAAUUUCCGGUACGACCCAGUACCACCGCCAUAUGGUAAUUUUCAGUGCCUUCCCGACGAACGACUACAGGAUCCAAUUUCCAGUGUUAUUUCGCAGAGACCUAACUUUUUCUUAAAUACCCCAUCACCUAGUGUUAAUAGUGCUAAUUUUCCAUCGCAAAGUGCUAAUAGUGACAAUAUUAACUUACGUAGGCAGACGCCUUCCGCACCUGGCCACUCUCCAGCAGACGGGGAACGACCGGCGAGAAACUUCCAUACCGCACAGACUUCGGACCCAAGAGGCGCACACGACAAUACAUCAUUCAUAUGAAUAUAGUGUGUAUUUCAUAAUUGUGUUCUUAAAUUUGUAUUUUCAUUGAUACUCUAUUGUAUAUAUAAUAUCAUUUUAUCGUUACAUUUUUGGUUCCCUAUUGUCAAUUUUACAUUUCAUUA